CCUUCGCAUCCGCAGCUGUCUCGUCUCGAAACGCGCAGGGCUCGGCGCUACGCAGUCGAACGCACGGUGGACUCUACAUCGUGGCUUGGUGGCGCGAUCGUCUGAGCUUUUGAAGGGAAGGGAUGUACAGCGAAUCGCAGUAUAUGCCCGGUGGAUCGAGAGCCCACAAGUACAACUUGCAGCUCGAUUUGCUCCUUCGACAGUGCAAGGCAGCGGUGCGAACACUGGAAUAUCCUUCUCGAUUGGACAUGGUCUGGGCCUGCUACCUAGUCGAAACUAGGAUAAGAAUAGAACGACGAGUCGCUUGGUUGAGCCAUGGGCGACACUGGUGUCCAGGGUCUCUACGCAGCGUUGCACGCGGCCUUUCCGAGCCUGCCCAUCACGCCCAAGGUCCUUUUGCGCCCGCCGUUCCCGCUCCUGCACACGGUGUGCGUUGCCGCGUUUGGCGCCGUCGGGGUCUUUAGCCCCACGCAGCUCGCGCUCGCCCGCGUCACGACCCGCGAGCUCAAGGCGGCCUUCCUCACGCGUGCGCUGGCGCUCGUGACGUUUGCCCUCGAGGCCAACAAGCCGAGAGGCGACUAUGUCUCGGUGCUCUUCCUCGUGAGCCCCGUGCAGGUGUUGGCAGGGCUCGAGGUCGACCGGACGCAAGAAUUUCUGCACCAGAUCGUCGUCGCCGCGCGGCUUCCGCGGGCGGCGCUCGAAGUUGCCACCGAGCGCGUCGUGACGACCGGGGAACGGCGGCUGUACACGACGGCGGUGACCUUCCGGCGCGGCCUCGUGCAGGGCCAAGCCGCCGUGCGCCGGUUCCUUGCGCGCAAGCGGCUUGAGCCUACGGUCGGCACGCGCUUCCUCAAGGAGUUUGACGGGUUUGGUGUGUUUGAAGGCGUGAUCCACAGCAAAGCGGGAGGCACCUACGUCCUGUCGUACCCUGCCGACGGCGACGAAGAAGAGCUCGAGUUGGACGAGCUGCUGCGUGUGCUGGCGCGUAGCCGCGAGCUAGAAGCGCUCCAAGAGUCAACAUCCAAAACCGAGGUUACCGAGACCUCAACCACGGUUAUCGACAAAGCAACUGAGGUUAUCGACAAUCCAACCGAGAAGGAUGGACCUCCGACGGACAACAACCUCUUCAAGGCCCUCGAGGCCGUGCUGCGCGCUACGACGGCAGUGCCCAAACCCAUGAGCACAGUCGACGACAACAACCAGCAGCAAGAGCCGCCAAUGCCCGCAUGGCGAGCCAAGCUCCUGACCUUGAUGAGCUCCGAGGCGACGUCAAGCACCGAAACCAACAAUGAGAUGCUCAUGGGCAGCGAGGACAAGGAGCUCGAUGCGCCUUCCAUGGUGCGCGUACUGGAUGAAGCGGCGAUUCAUUCGCUGCCGCCGCCGUCGCUUCCGAAACUCCAAGUCCCUGGCGGCCACGCGCAGUGGGCCAAACGUCUCAAGCUCUCCAAGGGCACAAGCGCGCCGCGCCUGCCGGCCGUCCCGAUAGCGUCCAAAGCGCCUGUGGCCAAGCCGCGCCACAACAACCAGACGCAGAGUCCGCCACGGCACAAGGCGCUUCUGCACUCGCUCGGUGACCCCCAUGACCACUCGUUCCAUGACUACGCGUCCCGGGGCAAGUCCAAAGUCAUCUACAAGAUCAUCCAGCGCAUCGACCGCCACCUGCGGCGAAAACACUUGCGCGUCAUCGACCUCUUCCGGUACUGCGACGCCGACAGCAGCGGCGGCAUCUCGCGCGACGAGCUCGAAGACGUGUUGAAGCAGCUCGACAUUCAGCUGCCGCCACCCGAGCUCCAUAUCAUCAUGGCGCACCUCGACAAGAACGGCAAUGGCGUCCUCGACAUUGAUGAGUUCGAGAGCCUCGUGCGCAUGAACCGGCGCACGGACGCAAGGCGCGACCAGCUCCGGCGCGAGUUCCCCCACGUCGUCCACUCGGCCCUCGAGGCGUCUCACCAAAUGCUGCUCGACAACUGGGCCGUCAACGUCAAGAAGCUCCUCCCGUACAAAGACGUCAUCUUGUCGGCCGCGCGCACGAUCGACAAGGCCGAGACGGGCAGCAUCCCGGUCGCGGCGCUGCACCACAUUUUGCGUAGGAUGUCAUUAUCUUCCAAGUCUGUAGUUUCUGGGGGUAGGGUCCAUCUCAAUGCCAAAGGUGCGCAAGGACAUCCUCGACGACUUCCUCACGCUGGUGCGACCGCUGCACAACCUCGUGCUGCUCUCGGCCAUCGACAGUGUCUUUGCCGAAAAGCCCACGCGCGACAACAAGUUCCUCGACCAAACGUGGCUCGCGCAGUUUGACGCGCAGAUGGACAAGGUCCGGGACCUCGGCCUCUAAGACAAAAAUGAAGAAAAAUGCAAAUACAA